AUGGUUUAUGAAACAUCUUACGAAACUGGCCUUCGUCCAUUUGUUCCGGACACAAAUCGUGGCCAUUGGUCAAGUCCAAGUGAUUUUAUAUAUGCCGGUAUUGCUUUGGUUUUUCGAAUGGAUUUUUUCGCUAUGUCAUGGUUCUUUUCCAUGGAAUUUGUGGAUACCGCCAUAAUACCGACUUAUUUACUAACAUUGGCUGUUUAUACAAUACCACUCAUGGUAAUACAAUCAUUUUUGGGUCAGUUUUCUAGCAGUAGUUAUAUAUCAACAUUUCGUAUAGCACCUUUAUUCAAAGGUAUUGGUUACAUAACAUUAGCCAUAAACUUAUCUGUAAUUAUGUACUAUAGCAUAUUUGCUGUAUUACCACUGGUCUAUAUGUUUGCCUCCAUGCAGCCCACGUUGCCCUGGAGCUGUGAGGGUCUUAAGAAAUGGGCUGUUAACUUAACUGAGGAAGAAGAGGUCAAUCUGUGUAAUAUAAAAUUCGAAAAUGCCACCAAUGAUGAUAGUGGAUCCAGUAAUGAGACCAUGUAUGAAUAUAUUAAUCAUCAUAUACCAUCUGUAUUGUAUUUAAAAACUAUUUUUAAUGAUGAAAACUUAUUUGAAUCUUAUGAUUUGGAAUUUAAUAUGUCCUGGCAGUUGGUGAUAUGCUCUAUUUUACUUUGGUAUUUAGUGGCAUUUGUAAUUUAUAAAUUUUUUGAUGCAGAAAGGAUGGGUCAACUUAUACGCUAUAGCGUUCGAAUUUUUAUUUGUUUAUUGGUAAUAUGUUUGAUACGUUUUAGUUUCCUACCAGGAGCUGGAGCAGUUUAUCGAAAAGUGAUAAUACCACCUUGGAUAAAUUAUGUUCAAGGUAUAACCAUGAUUCCUAUAUACGGUUUAUCGGCUUUUGGUCCUGGUUGGGGUCUAUUUAUAACACUCUCUAGUUUCAAUAAAUUUAAAACUAACAUUAAGAAAACAAGUUGGAUAAUUGGUCUGGCACAAAUGUUUAUCAUUGUGGCAAUAAGUUUACUAACACAUUUAACGGAGAGAUACUUUAAAGAAAUAACUGAUAACAACUAUUAUUCGCGUGUGGAACGUAUUUUGACUUUGUACUUAUCCAGUGGCAGUGUUAUGGUCGACAUGGCAUGGGCCAAUUUAUGGUCCAUUUUAUUCUUUUUUAUGCUGUUUUUGGGAGCUACACUUUUGAUAAUCAUACAACUAUUUUCGACAUUGACUACAAUAUUUGAUGAGUUUGAUACGUUAAGAGAACGUAAAACUGAGAUUUGUAUGAUGGUUACUGGUGCGGUUGCUUUGUGUUCCCUGUACUUUACCUCAAAUCACGGAAUCAACUAUUUUAGUGUACUAUGGAUUGAUUCCAAUAUCACACAAAAUGCCAUCAAUUUAUUAUUAUUACUAAUUGUCCUUUGGAUAUAUGGUCGCAUACGUUUUCAACGUGAUAUAGAAUUUAUGAUAAAAGAUCGUUUCUCUACCUGGCAAGUAAAUUUUCUGAGAUUUGUUGUACCAUUAUUUAUGCUUCUGGCAUUGCUUGCAGCUAUAGCAAUAGCAUCGAUGGAGCAUGCCGUAUCUAUUCCUGGCAUUCAAUUUAUAUGCAUAACUUUUGUUCUUUUACCUUGGAUUUUUAUACCAUUUUAUGCCAUACGCUCCAUGUACCAGGGUAUUGGUACAUUAAAAACACGUUUCCAGCAUUGUUGUCGACCAAAUGACUGGUAUCCGGUCGAUGCUAAAGAUCGUCAACGUUACGAAGUCGCUAUGGGUAAUACGGAUGCAACACAUCAUUUAAAUGACGUUACCGAAGAAAUAUAAUUUGAGAAGAUAUUUAUAAGUAUUUGUGAGAUUAAAUAAAUUUAGACUUAAUUUUGAUUUCAACUAAAUAAAAAAGUAAGAAAUUAUAGUUGGGCCAACCUACAAAAGUUAA